AUGACAUCAUCUUCACAACAAAGUAGGAUUAUUAAUCCCAGGUCAGAAGAUCCAUCACUUCUUCGAUUUCAAAGUAUUCAUGUUUCUGAGCAUAUUUGGGAUGGACGUGAUCACCCGACAUUGAGGGUUAGGAAGAGUCCAAAUAUUCCCGGUGGAUUAGAAGGUGUUCCGGAUGAAAUUAUUCCACAUCCGGAGUUAGCGGGUUUUGUUGGAGUGGCUAACUUGUCUCAGCUUCCUGUAGACGUGGUAUUGAUUACUGCAUUAGUAGAGAGGUGGAGGCCCGAGACGCACACCUUCCACAUGCCCCCUGGAGAGUGUACUAGUACCUUUCAGGAUGUUGCUAUUAUCUUAGGAUUACGCAUAGAUGGGAGACCUGUUAUAGCACCCAUUGGGGGUGAUUGGGCACAGAUUGUGGAAGAUAGCCUAGGUAUGAGACCAGGAUUAGAGGCUUUUGUAGGGAGUUUCUUGAAGAUGAGCUGGUUGGACGAGCACUUCACUCAUAUUGCCAUGCAUAAUCAGACUCCACUGCAGAUUACUCGGUUUGCUAGGGCAUAUAUAUUAAGGCUUAUUGGAGGGUUCAUGCUUCCUGAUCACUCUAGCAGUAGGGUAUCUGUGAAGUACUUGCCUUUGCUUGAAGAUUUUGAGUUGACCAGUCAAUAUAGUUGA